AUGGUUUCAUCACAUGCUGGGACAAAAGAAGCCAGUCAGGCAAAAUAUAUCUUGAUACUGAACAUCAUUCAGGGAGAAGUUGACCCAACUCAGGUUCAUGAUAGUUUGCAGCGAAUACGUGAAAGAAAGCUUGUUAAUUUCAUUGAAUGGGCUCCUGCUAGCAUUCAGGAGGAUGAACUCUCAAAAGCAAUUAUUUUGUAUAGAGUAGAAGCAGAUACUUGGAAUGCAUUUGUUGAGUUUCUAGAAGCUGCUUGGGAUUUCCAGUAUUCUUUUAUGGAGGAAAAGGAAAAGAAGGUCAAGUAUGUUCUUACUAUCUUUGGUGCAGUAGAUAGUGUUAAAGAGCAAUUUUACCAAGCAAUUGAUAAUGUUUUUAGUGUCGGGAGGGAGAAUGGUGGUGGUGCUGUUUAUGCUCGAGUUGGUACCACCGAGAUGAAGAAGUAA